AUGACCGUGACCUUUGCCUUCUUGCUCCUCCUGGGCCAGGCCGCGGGGGACCCAUGCUACGACCCAGGGGGCCGCCCCCGCUUUUGCCUCCCACCAGUGACCCAGCUGGCCAGGGGCACAGCAGCCUCCUGCCCACAGGCCUGCGCCCUCUCGCAGGGGACUGGCCUCAGCCCCAGGGCCAUGUGCAAUGGCAGCCUGACCCUGGCGCUGGGUGGCCCCUUCCUCCUGACAUCUGUCAGCCUCCGCUUCUGCACCCCGGGACCCCCGGCUCUCGUCCUCUCUGGUGCCUGGGCUGCUGGGGGUCCCUGGAGGCUGCUGUGGCGCAGACCUGCCUGGUCUGGGGCCUUAGGGGGCCCGGAGAGGGUAACCUUCCGCUCCCCACCGGGCCCUAAGGCCAGGGUGGUGGCCAGUCACCUCCGCGUGGAGGUGGGGGGCUGGGCGGGGCUGGCUGCGGCCGGGGUGAGAGGCCGCUGCCAGUGCCAUGGCCAUGCCGCCCGCUGCGCUGCCCGUGCCCAGCCCCCACGCUGCCGCUGCCGCCAUCACACCACUGGCCCAGGGUGCGAGAGCUGCCGCCCAUCCCACCGAGACUGGCCCUGGCGGCCUGCCACGCCCCGGCACCCUCACCCUUGCCUGCCCUGCUCCUGCAACCAGCAUGCCCGCCGCUGCCGCUUCAACUCUGAGCUGUUCAGGCUGUCCGGCGGCCGGAGCGGGGGGGUUUGUGAGCGGUGCCGCCACCACACGGCCGGGCGCCACUGCCACUACUGCCAGCCGGGGUUCUGGAGGGACCCCAGCCAGCCAAUCACCAGCCGCAAGGCCUGCAGGGCCUGCCAGUGCCACCCUAUUGGGGCCGUGGGAGGCGCCUGCAACCAGACCAGUGGGCAAUGCUCCUGCAAGUUGGGGGUCACAGGCCCCACAUGCAACCGCUGUGGUCCUGGCUACCAGCAGAGCCGCUCCCCCAGGAUGCCCUGCCAGCGAGUCCCAGAGGCAACAACCCCCCUUGCCACCACCCCCGGUGCUUACAGCUAUGACCCUCAGUGUCACAACUACUGCAACGUCUCGGACAGCAGCGUCCACAUGAGCCUCGCGAGGUUCUGCCGGCUGGACUUCGUUGUCCGCGCGCAGGUGCUGGCGUCCGAGGCGGCGGGCCCGGCGUGGCGGCGCCUGGCCGUGCGCGUGCUGGCCGUGUACAAGCAGCGGCCGCGGCCUCUGCGCCGCGGCGCGCAGGACGCCUGGGUGCCCCACGCCGACCUGGCCUGCGGCUGCCUGCGCCUGCAGCCCGGCACCGACUACCUGCUGCUGGGCAGCGCGGCCGACGCCCCCGACCCCGCGCGCCUCGUCCUCGACCGCCACGGCCUCGCGCUGCCCUGGAGGCCGCGAUGGGCCCGGCCGCUGCGGCGGCUGCAGCAGGAGGAGCGCGCCGGGGGCUGCGGCGGCCUGCGGCCCCCCGCGCCGGGCCCCACGCCGGGCCCCUAG